AUGGUUCAAGAACUUGAGAUAGAGAUGAUGUCAGACAUGUACAAUAGGUUGGUCAGUGCUUGCCAUCAAAAAUGUAUACCAGUCAAGUACCAUGAGCCUGAAUUGGGAAAAGGGGAAUCGGUGUGUCUGGACCGUUGUGUGGCAAAGUACCUCGAUGUUCAUGAACGCAUCGGCAAAAAACUUUCUAAUAUGUCAUCAGGAGAAGCUGAAGAUUUAACGAAAAUAAAUCUUCAAGAAAAGAAA